CACUAACGAGGCACAUUUUGUUUAAGUGAUUUGGGUUAAAUCUUAAUAAUUUGAGGUCUAGAAUAUACAACUCAGAGAUUGGACAAUCUUAAUGAAUCACCCUGUAUAUUAUUAUAAUCCAGUCACGUAAGACUGGAUGUCAACAAAGUACAGAUCAUAAAAAAAAGAAAAAGAAGAAAAUGCCGGUCAACAAGUCAAAAGUCAACAUAACCUCAACCUCAACCUCAACCAUAACCAUAAUAUUUUUGUUCAUCAUCAUUGUUAUAAUUAAAUUUUAAUAAAUUCAAAAUGAGUACUAUGCCAGUGACUUCUUCAACACUUCUACCAUUGGAAUUGGUAGAUAAAUGUAUUGGUUCAAGAAUUCAUAUAAUCAUGAAAAAUGAUAAGGAAAUUGUUGGCACAUUAUUAGGGUUUGAUGAUUUUGUAAAUAUGUUGCUGGAUGAUGUUACAGAGUAUGAAAAUACACCAGAAGGGAGGCGUAUAACAAAACUGGAUGAAAUUUUGCUCAAUGGAAAUAACAUAACAAUGCUUGUACCUGGAGGAGAUAUGCCAGAAUAACAUAAUGAACACAUUCCUUAGAUCUCCCACCACUAUAAUUUUAAGUUAAUUUGAAUACAAAAUUUGUAAAGAAUAAAUAAUUUUUUAAUAAAUAUAAGAUCAAGAAUA